AUGCUUAUCGAAGUCAAAGCACCUCCUGUAGUCAAGCCUAAACCGCCAUCCGCUACAAGUAUACCUGCUAUAUUAAAAACACUUCAAGAUGAGUGGGAUGCUGUCAUGCUUCAUAGUUUUACUCAACGACAACAAUUACAAACGGCACGACAAGAAUUAAGUCACGCUUUAUAUCAGCAUGAUGCCGCUUGUCGGGUUAUAGCCAGACUGUCAAAAGAAGUUACUGCCGCUAGAGAAGCCUUAGCUACAUUGAAACCUCAAGCAGGCGUGACUAGUAAUCCAACAGGAAUACCUCAUCCUGCUGUUGGAGCUGAAGCAGGACCUGGACUACCUAAUCAACCAACUGAAGAAGCUGGCAUGACGGAAGAUGUUAUUCAAAAAUUACAAGACAAAGCCACUAUUUUAACUCAAGAAAGAAAGAAAAAAGGAAGAACUAUUCCUGAAGAUCUUGUCCCUGCAGAUUCAAUUAGGAACUUUCGAACAUUAUCUUCUCAUCCGGGUUUGCAUAGUGCUAGCAUUCCAGGAAUAUUAUCAUUAGAUGUUCACGCAGCAGAUACUAGUAAAAUUUUGACUGGAGGAAACGAUAAAAAUGCUACCAUUUUUAAUAAAGAUACUGAACAAGUAGUUGCUAUAUUAAAAGGACACACUAAAAAAGUUACAAGAGUUAUAUACCAUCCAGAAGAGGAUUUAGUACUAACUGCUUCACCAGACUCGACAAUAAGAAUUUGGGAUGUUGGAACAUCACAAACGAUUCAACUUUUACAUGCUCAUGACGAACCAGUUACAGGUUUAUCACUUCAUCCUACUGGAGAUUAUGUUUUAUCAACAUCAACAGAUCAACAUUGGGCAUUUUCAGAUAUUCGUUCUGGAAAAUUACUAACUAAGGUUGCUGAUGAAAAUUCAACUAAUGGUUCAUGGUUAACAACUGCUCAAUUUCAUCCUGACGGUUUAAUCUUCGGUACGGGAACAUCAGAUUCUCAAGUUAAAAUAUGGGAUUUGAAAGAACAAUCAAACGUUGCCAAUUUUCCUGGGCACAAUGGACCUAUAACGGCUAUAUCAUUUUCUGAAAAUGGUUACUAUUUGGCAACAGCCGCGGAAGAUGCUUGUGUUAAAUUGUGGGAUUUACGUAAAUUGAAAAAUUUUAAGACUUUACAGUUAGAAGAUAGAUACGAAAUAAAAGAUUUAUGUUUUGAUCAAAGCGGAACUUACCUUGCUAUAGCCGGAACAGACGUCAGGAUUUAUUUAUGCAAACAAUGGCAAGAAUUAAAAGUAUUUAAUGAUCACACUGCCACUGCUACUGGUGUCAGAUUUGGACGACUUUCCCAUUACGUAGCCACUACUAGCAUGGAUAGAACGUUAAAAAUCUACGGACUCUAG